AUGCAUCAAAGACAUGGACUAAACGAGUCUCUCCCAUCACAUCCAAGAUGGAUUUUGCAAAGAUGCAAGUGCCGCCUCUCCAAACUCCCAAUUCAGCAAAAUCACCUGGAACAGCAUUUGCCAUCACCUGCCACAGGAUAUCGGCCACAUUUCUUAAUCGCACCAAUCCCACCAUGGUAUGGCCAUGUGGCGGCCAGUCCAGCGGUGCUUGUGUCGCCACAGCGGCUUUCAGCCGGGGUGAGCACUCCCGUCAAGGCCAACGCCAGGAGGCGGACAUAUGGCUGGGCUCAUGGCACGUUUUUUGCCGAAGCUUAUUGGCUCGGUGGCCAAUCCCAAGUUCUCCAACUUGGUCGUAACCGGAAUCGGUGGAUGACUUAG